AUGGCGGAGCUGCAGCUGGACCCGGCGAUGGCGGGGCUGGGAGGGGGUGGCGGGAGCGGGCUGGGCGACGGGGGCGGCCCGGGCCGCGGGCCCCCCAGCCCUCGCCCCGCCGGCCCCACGCCCCGCGGGCACGGCCGCCAGCCCGCCGCCGCCGCGCCGCCGCUGGAGCCGGGUCCGGGACCGCCAGAGCGGGCAGGGGGCGGCGGUGCGGCCCGCUGGGUCCGGCUGAACGUGGGCGGCACCUACUUCGUGACCACCAGACAGACCCUAGGCCGGGAGCCCAAGUCUUUCCUGUGUCGCCUCUGCUGCCAGGAGGACCCGGAGCUGGACUCGGACAAGGACGAGACAGGGGCCUAUCUGAUUGACAGGGACCCCACCUACUUUGGUCCUAUCCUAAACUACCUCCGCCAUGGGAAACUCAUCAUUACGAAGGAGCUGGCAGAAGAAGGUGUGCUGGAAGAAGCGGAGUUUUACAACAUUGCAUCUCUUGUGCGGCUGGUUAAGGAACGGAUACGGGACAAUGAGAAUAGAACUUCUCAGGGCCCUGUGAAGCAUGUGUACAGAGUCCUGCAGUGCCAGGAAGAGGAGCUGACACAGAUGGUCUCCACUAUGUCUGAUGGUUGGAAAUUCGAACAGCUAAUCAGCAUUGGCUCUUCCUAUAACUACGGAAAUGAGGAUCAGGCCGAAUUCCUUUGUGUCGUCUCCAGAGAACUAAAUAACUCUACCAAUGGCAUCGUCAUAGAGCCCAGUGAGAAGGCAAAGAUUCUUCAGGAGAGAGGAUCUCGGAUGUAAAGGGCAGAUCCUUAACCAUUAGGAGAGCAACCGGCAGAGCACCUCGUGAAGUUAAAUCCUGCUGUACAGUAACCGAGCUACUGCAAAGCAAAGCUGAGCCUGGCCCCCCAGUGGAGAAGUGUUCUGGUCAAAACCAAAGGAACCCCUGCCCCCACCCACAGGAACCUGAAGACAGAAGCAACUUCUGGCUGCGAAUACCUUUUCAGAAACCUGCUUUUGUUUUCUUAGCCAGUGUUAUCAAUCUUUACAGCCGCAGCUGGGCUGGGUUCCCAGUGGGAGCCCUUAUGGGCAUCUGGGGGAAGGGAAGAGGAAGGCCUAGCUCCUCGUACAUGCCCUCACUUCAGAGGAGCUGGAGCACGUGUAAGAGGAUCGUCCCUAAGCUGUGCCAUGUUUUUGCCUGAGCGCCACGUUGGACGUUGGCAGCUGCUCUGUAACACUAUGUUUCCCCUCCUUCUGUGCACCCCAAAUUAAUGUGCAGCAGAUGCCAAGAAUGAUAGCUUCAGUCUGUCAGACCGAAUUGGGGUUUUGAUAAAGGAUAGAGUUGCCAGGAUACCCCCACUCCUGCAAACAAAACCUCUGAGGAAGGGGACGAUGGCAUGUCCUUGGUUGUGGGUGGAGGUUGGGGAUCCUGCUCUGGGUUUGGGGCACUCAGCUGCUCCCAUGUUCAUCCUUGCCUCAUUUGCCUCCAGCAGCCCAGACCUUCCAGUAGCUUGCUUUCUCCCCAAGAGGAGGUUUGAGGCAGGCAGCCUCCUGCCCUCGGCCACGCAGACAGAUGGGAGCUUCAGGUAGUUGGUCCGCAGCCUUCACUCCACCUCCGUCGGCCCAUCUUCCUUCUCUGACUUUUUAAACUGGACCUAAGACUAAAGGGACUUGGGAUCCUCUGAUGGCUUGGGGUGGGGAUAGCAUUUCUUUGAAAGUUGCCAAAUGUGUUAUGUUGUAGUAUCCAAAAGUGUUGUUAUCUCUGUGAUUGUCUCUUGGAAAUGCCUUGACUGGACAUUCAGUAUUUGUUUGUGUCUCUUCUUGGUUCCUAACCUUGGCAGAUUUGCCCGGCAGGUGUGUCAGUGACCCCACACCAUCCCCAGUAGAGUGUGUUUGCUGGGCAGUCUGAGGACAACCCUCACCCCUUAGCAUCACUUCCUUCUUCAGAGUGCCAUGUCAUCAAGAAUCAAACGCUUGUUUGACUGAGGGGGCAGUCAAGCCCUCCUCUGGGCUGGGCCCACAGAGCUUGUGUCUGGAUCGUCUCUCUGAACUUUUGAGUGUUGGUGAGCAGUCAUUGAAUGCAAAGGGCCAGAGAAUCCUUAUUUUUCCCUAGAUGACUUUCCUAGUAUGGGCAAAUGGCCCAGAGAAGGGGAAGGUGCCAUGGUACACUCCAUCUGUAACAGCCACUCAUGCCAGUCACUCCUGGUUUCCUUCACAGCUUAGGUUCUCUCUGCUUCACAGCUCAGCUGCUUACUAGGUGGGUCUGGGGCUGUAAUUUUUGGAAAUGACUUACAGACUGUGCCAAAUGUCCUCCGAGCUUGUGACCUGCCCGUGUGCAGAUGGUGUGACUCUUCUCCAGGAUUCUCACUUUGACCUUCUCUCUCUAUGCUUACAGCAGGAUAGAAAUGUGUGUAGGGAUGUCUGCUGAUAACGUGUGUAUGUACACACCAGCGAAAGCACAUGUGUUGACACUGGCACCUUAACUACGGCCCAUGCCCAUGAUUUCUACAACUAUAAAAUGAUAGAGGAACUUCAACCUGCAAUAAAAGCAGUCACCUUUCAAAAAGGUCCAGGCAUCAUCCUGUCCUCUUUCAGAAAAAAACAAGAUUGAGCAUGUCAAGGAAAAGCUACUCUCACCAGAAUAGGACAGAGGACUCUAGAAGAGGGGCUCCUUGGCCAGUUCAAAAAAGUGACGUUUGACUCAGAGGAGGGAAAACAGCUUCAUUUGGGGCUUGGAGCCCAAUCAGAUUUGCUUGCCCAGGGCAUGCCUGACGAUCGGCCUGUGCUCCCAAAUCUGCACGAAGGAGUGAAGCAAGGUGGGCCAGAGGGUGGAGGAGGGCAAGCCCCUCAGAAACACAUGGUUACUCAUUUCUCUUUUCAGAGUCCCACAGUGGAUCCUAUAGAAAGACUGAGCCCCUGACUGAGCGCUCUGAGAAACAAACAGAAGUGACAUUUCUGUUCUAGAGGGCUGGCUUUACUGAGGAUUCCCUCCUCAUGGCAACCCAAUGACGAUUGUUCCAGGGCUCCUGAAUCUGAGGAUGAUUCAUUUCUUAAGGUUUCUGGAAAAGUAUUCACCCCAGCCCUUUAUGAACCGAGUCAGUAUUUUUUCCUGAAAGCCCUCUUCCCCCUGGGAGAGUCUGGCUGAUGACUUCGGAGAGAGGUCUGGCCAUCGAUUUGGGGGUGUCACAUGGCCAGUGACCCACAUUCUCUCCAACUGCCCAGUGCUGCCAGGAGAGUGUCUUCCUUCUUUGUUCUGUGCCCAGGCCUGAGGCCGCAGGCGAUACAGGCCCAGCUCAUGAAGCAGCCUGGCCUCUCCUAGGAGAGGCCACAAUAGUGCGCUUCUGUCUUUCCCUGAGAACCUGCUUUCUCCUUGGCAGCAAGGCACGGCCCAACCUCCUCUAGAGUGACUUCGUUUCUGCAGUCUUAACUGAUCUCAGGGGUGUCAGCGAGGUGUAGGGGAGGUAGGGACAGAGAUGCUGGGGGAGUAAGGCCAAGAAGACACCCACACCCUCCAGCAUGGCCUUUGACCCAGAGGUGAGGGACCAUGCCUGUCACUUGUGGGUGCCGUUUGUUAUUGUUUGUGUAUUUAACUAAAGUCUGAAAUGCUGUGACUUUUUUUGUCAAUAAAGACAUGAAACAAA